AUGGCCUUUUGCAAUUCGGAAUCCACGAUCCGCAAAGUUCUACAUAAUUCCAAGUCGAUUGCGCUCAUUGGUGCUUCCCACAAGGUCGAGCGUCCGUCGAACGAAGUCAUGGCCUUUCUUCUGAGCUCCGGGUACGUGGUGUACCCCGUCAAUCCCGGUUUGGCUGGUCAAGAGCUCUACGGAAGGCAAGUCUACGCGAGUCUACGGGAGAUUGCCGAUCCGAUUGAUCUGGUCGACAUUUUCCGCGCGAGCGACGCCGUCGGCCCAAUCGUCGACGACGCCAUUGCCGUAGGCGCCAAAGCGGUGUGGAUGCAAAUAGGUGUCGUCAACGAAGAGGCCGCGGCCAAGGCACAAGCGGCCGGAUUGGAUGUGGUCAUGGAUCGCUGUCCCCACGUAGAAAUGCCACGACUCGGAAUCGACGGACCGUCGGCGUCGCUGUAAUCGCUCAGCACAUUCGUAGGCUAGCCCAGUUGAAGUAACACCGUGACCGGGGGAUGUUGCAGAACAUACCUUGCAAGAAUCCGAGAUGGGAUUUGUCCAGUGCGCAUGCACCAGUCUUUCCUACUUUCCAAGCUUACUGUCGUCGUGAGAAAGCUUCAAUUUUUGCAAGGGGGGCGGGCAAACGAGCUCCUCUUUUGUCAAGAAAAGUACUCACCCACCUUGAAUUAAGACCUACUUUUAUAUGUAUAUGUGUUUGGUUCAAACCUAUUCCUCCGGUGCCUUGAAAAUAUUCCCGCGCACGGGGAGUUUAGGCGUUUGGGGAAAGACGACUCCUUCUUCCGAUUCGAGGCGCCGCAGUUCGCUUUGCAACCAGAUUACCACGUCGGUCGGACGCGCCCAUUGGACCGCUUGCAAGUUGGUACGAAUUGAUUCCAAAACGGACCCAUCCCAUCCUCCGACUCCCACCAGCUGAUCUACAAAAACGCUCCCGUCCAGCAAAGGGCAAUCCAACGUCAACCG